AUUUUAAUUACAUUAGUUAAAAACUAUCUUAAUUACAUAAUAUAGAUUUCUGUUUCAGUUUGUUCUAUUUGUAAUAAAUAAAUUAUGUUUAUCAAAAAAAAGUUGGCACAUCAAUUGCAACCGAAAUCAAUAAUAGAGUUGAACAUAAUCAUAUUACAGUUCCCUUUAUAUAUCUUUAAUUUCAAAUUCUUCUAUUUUAUUUCUUGCACAACAAAAUUUUAAUAAACUAUUUCAGUUAUCAUUCUUUGAUUUCUAUUUCUAUUGAAUAAAGGUAGAUUGAAACAUAAUCCAUUCAGGAGAUCACCCACUCCCUUUCGACAAACCGAAGCUACAUGGUCGAGUACUACUCUAGCGAUGGGAAUAAAACGGCAUACCGCAUAUGGGAUAACAAAGAAAGCUUUUUCUUUUAUGAAUUAUGUUCCUAAGUUGUAUUCUAUAGUGCCAUAUUGGUUAAAGUCAGUGAUAGAUGCAGAUAUGCCAGCUUUAAAAUUAAACUAUGAUGUAGUUCCGAACAAUGUUGAUAAUGAAAAUUGAAGUUGUGCCGAAAAAAUCCACUCUUGUCGUGAAACUUCCCACGUAUACAAAAAAUUAAGAUAAUGGUCCUUAGUUUAGGACUUUGAAGCCCGUUAUAGGCCCAUAAAACUUCUCGCAAUCGAAUUUAUCAUAUUUAACAUCUAUCCACAAACAUAAAAGAAUUAAUGUUGCCGCCGUUCACGUGGCGAACACGUGGAACCAAGAUUCAAAACGGAACAAAACUUAUGUUGUAAAUUCCUACGACGAUCGAAACAAAAAAUAAAAUACUUUAAUUCAACUCAAUUCCACAAAAAUUAUAUUUUUUUCUUUCUUCCUCUCCUCAGAUCGUUCCUCUUCGUCUCCUUCAAUCACUCGUAAGACUCUUCCGAGACGGUGUGUUCGCUCUUUGAUUGAAUGGAAAGUGAAGACAUGCAUUCGAAACCUGACGGUGGGAAUCAGAUCGUUUCAGAGGCGGUUCAUCAUCACUCCAUAAAUAGUUUAAACCCUUGGCAACGUGCUGCUGCUGCUGCCUGCAACGCAAGUUCUUUAGUGGAGGAAGCUGUAGAGAAGUCUAUAGCGUUGGAGAGCCAAGACAAUUGGGAAUCAACGAACGGGUCCAAGUCACCAUCUCAUAAAGAUGAAAAUGGUAACAAGGAAUCACCACAAGUCACAAUCUCUCCCCAAGAAUCAGCUGGAGAUUACAGUGAAAAAAGUCAAGAACUUGUGCAUGUUGGCGUCACAGGACCUCCUCACCCUCAACCUGUUAGCCACACAGGAUGGGCAUCCUCAAAUCCAUACCAGGAUCCUUAUUAUGCUGGAAUGAUGGGAGCCUAUCCCAUGGCUUAUGUUCCGUAUGGUGGGAUGCCUCAUUCAAGAAUGCCACUGCCUCCUGAGGUGGCACAGGAACCAGUUUAUGUUAAUGCUAAACAGUACCAGGCCAUUCUGAGGCGAAGGCAAGCACGCGCCAAGGCAGAGCUUGAAAUGAAGCUAAUCAAAUCCAGAAAGCCUUAUCUCCAUGAAUCUCGGCAUCAGCAUGCUAUGAGGAGGCCUAGGGGCACUGGAGGACGGUUUGCAAAGAAAACUAACACCGAAGCUUCAAAGCCAAAACCUGGAGAAAAGAACAAUGCUACUCAGUCCCCGACGUCAUCUCACUCUGACCAACCUGAAGCCUGGAAUGAUGAGUGUAGAAAACAGUCUGAAGAGAUGCAAAGCUCAGCUUCUAAGAGAAGGGAAGAAGCAGAAGACUGUUCAGGGCAACAAUGGAACAGCAUUUCCUCAAACCAUACUUCUCAAGCUCGUCUAGCCAUCAAAUGACAUCUCCACUGGCAACUCAUUCUUGGCUUUCUCUUUGUUGGCUUAUUUGGUAGCAGCCAUUGAAGAGUCCCCUGUACAAAUACUUCUGUGUUUUUCUUCUUUUGUGAUAUGUCAAAUGUUACU